CCUGCCCCUUGCAGAACUACUACGAGCCGAUGCUGACGCUGGCCAUCCUGCCGAAGGCCGAGCUGCGCGAGAUCUUCGGGACCCUGGAUUCCCUGGCCCCGCUGCAUGAAGACUUGCUGGGACGGCUGAUGGGUCUGAGGCAGGAGGACGGGACGGUGCCUGAGCUGGGACCCACCCUGCUGGACUGGUUGCCCAGGUUGCAGGCCUACGAACCCUACUGCUGCCACCAGGUGUGGGCCAAGGCGCGGCUGGACAGCCGGAAGCGGGAGCCGGCCGUGGGGGAAUUCCUGCGCCUCUGCCAGGAGUCGGCCUUCAGCCGCAAGCUGGAGCUGUGGAGCUUCCUGGACCUGCCCCGCAGCCGCCUGGUCAAGUACCCGCUGCUGCUGCGGGAGGUGCUGCGCCAGACGCCCCCCGAGCACCCCGACCACGGGGCCCUGCAGCGGGCG